UUGGCGUGUUCUCAGGCAUGUCUGUUGAUUUCCCUCGGUGACAGAAUAGGGCGGGAGAAGGUUUUUUUUUUUAAUAAACUUUAUUUGUUUUUGCUGUAUUAAUUGGUAUUUAAAUUUUUAGUUUAUAACUCCUAUAGCCGUUUGUUGUAAACAUCAAAUUAUAAUUUCGGUGCCUGUUCGCAUUGCAGACUUACAUAAGGUGCCUUCAUCAUGUUUGAAGACAAGAUUGUGGCUGAUCUUUCUUCUAGUACAGGGGAAUCAUCUGAGAUGAAUGAGAAGGAAUCUGUUCCACAGUCUGAUAGUAGGGAGAAGGUGGCACUCGAGCUGCAGAGUUCACUUAAUUUGGACAGUGCAGUGAAAGCAGAAUUAAAAAACCAGUUGAGUGGUGACUGUAUGGAAGUUUGUACUGAGCUGUUGGCUGCUGACUGCCCUGACCAAACAUGUCUCAAGGAAGUUCCUAGCCUAAAGGAAGAGUCUCCCACUGAUUCGAAUAUAGGAUCAGGAGAUAAAACGUCUUCUGAUGCUGAGGCUGAGGCUGGUCAUGGUCUUGAAAAUGAUAGCAGCGAAGACUUCAAGGAUGCAGAUUUUGUGGGAAGUCCUACUAAUUGUUUCUUUGGAAAGUGGGAAGGAUUCUCUGCAAUUCCAGAAUGGAAACCUGCUCCAAAACGUAGACCAGAGCGGGGUGCGUUGAACUUGGCUGUGCUUUCAGGAAUCCUACCAGGAACUGUAUCUGAUGAGGAAGCAUUACAGAGAAACUGGGAAGAUUUGUCAGGUAUUCAUCCUCCUGUGCUCGGCCAAGAGGGUAGUGGAAGGUUUGAAUUCACAGUGAUGUGUUACAACAUUCUUUCCCAGAAUCUGCUGGAAAUGAACAAGACCUUGUAUGCACAUUGUCAGCCUGAGUUCUUGAACUGGGAAUAUCGACUGAAGAGCAUCCUGGAAGAGGUUAAACGCUGGGACCCAGAUGUCCUGUGCCUUCAGGAAGUACAAGAAGAUCAUUACCGAGAGCAGCUAGAGUCGGUUCUAAUAGUAUCAGGUUAUGAGUGCAUUUAUAAAAGGCGAACGGGCAUUAAAACAGAUGGCUGUGCCAUCUGUUAUAAAUCUGCCAAAUUCUCUCUGAUUUCAUGUGUCCCUAUAGAAUUCUUUAGACCCCCAGCAGACAUUCUGAAUAGGGACAAUGUAGGACUGAUAACUUUGCUACAGCCACUAACUCCAGAGACUGCUGAGGCAGAGAAUGUGAGGACAUCGAAGGUUACUCCUGUCUGCAUAGUAAAUACCCACUUGCUGUAUAACCCUCGUCGUGGUGAUAUAAAACUAGCACAGACUGCUGUUCUUUUAGCAGAAAUUGAUAGGAUAGCAAGAAUAAAUCCAGAAGAAGAAAUCUACUACCCAAUUAUACUGUGUGGUGAUCUGAAUGCAGUCCCUGACUCUCCACUGUAUGCAUUUAUCAGGAAUGGGAAGUUGCAGUACCGUGGACUUUUUGGUUGGAAGGUAUCAGGCCAAGAGGAUUUCUCCCAUGAGCCCUUUCAGCGAAGAUUAGAGGUCCCUUUGUUGCCGAAUUUUCUUGGGAUAACUGGUAGUUGCCAGUUUACUGCUCUUUGCCAAAAAAAGAAAACAGCCAGGCAGAGAUAUGGGCGGGAGUUUCUACUUCAGUUUCGCUACUGUGAGCCUGCUUUGAAGAGACCGGAGGACCUAAUACUAAUACCAGGAGUAACAGACCUGAAGCCAGGUCAGCUACAAUUAAACACUGCCUGAACUUGACAUCUGCUUAUAGCCACUUUCUUCCAAAGAAGGUACGCCCUGAGGUCAGCACUCUUCCAAUGGGUUAUGGGGUGACAGUAGACUAUAUUUUCUACUCUGCUGAACCCAUUGGCAGGGGACAAAGAGGAGGUCGCAGACAAUAUCGAGAUGGGCCACUCAAGCUCCUGGGCCGUCUCCCCUUGCUUUCACAGGAAGACCUCUGGGCAGCAAAUGGACUUCCUAACCGUCUGUGCUCUUCUGACCAUCUCUCUCUAGUAGUCAAAUUUGGACUGGAUCCUGUUGUAUCAUGACUCUCUCUCUCUGGAGAGGGCUGAGUGUCUUUGAAAAUGCUACAUUUGAAUUGUAGAAGCAUACAUACAGUGAAACUGAACUCUUUGAGUUGCUGGGGACAGUGAAAACAAGAAACUUAAUCAGUCACUGUUAGCAAUUGAGAGAUGACAUCAGAUCCAGAGAUGCUCCAUUCUAAUGGUCUCAGCGGAUAAAACAUGCAUUUCAGUUGAAGUGGAAUUUGACAAAUCAGACUCCAUAAAGCAAUUGUCUUGUUUAAUUGAACUGCUACAGUAUCUCAGAUCUUGUCUUCUUUUGAUGUCUUACCCUGCUUUAUAGGGCAUAUAUGUGUCAGAAGUGGCCUAGUUAAGAUGAGCUGUCUCAGUACAGAUAUGGGAAGGAGGAUUUGUUUGUUUUGCAGCCUUUCAUCAGUUAUGACUGAAGUACAGAAUCAGGUGUUUGCUCAGAGCCACAUUGAGAAUGUCAAGACUACAUUUUAGUGCAGGAUGAGACUCCAUAAACUGCACAUUGUUAUGCCAUCAUACUGGAUGUACUACUCACUGGUCAACAUGUUUCACAACACUGCCACACCAGCUUUUGAUUUCAGAAAUGUACUGUAGUGAUUUGUCAGAGCCGUGCUUUAAGAUGCAAUCACAAAACUGGAAAAGAAAAAGAUAACUAACUACUGUUAAUUGGCUGCUUGCAAAACAAUGGGUGUGGUAUGAUUGUUAAACUACUUCUGUUAAUAGCUGUAAGAUAUUCAUUUAUAUUGAAGGGUCUUCUGCACAACUGACUGGAUGAAAAAAACACACUUGUUUCUGACUGCAUUUUGCACCAACCAGCAAUGCCUUUUACUCUAGACUUGGCUCAUCAUUCCUUCUCAGUCUUUGUCCGUCUGUAGCCACUAGCUGCUGUUAAAGGUGGCUAUGAAGUCUGUAGUUAACAUGAUGUAUAGCAGAGUACCACGGUUUAAUGCUGCCAUUCUGGAGAACAUUGCUUUUUUCAUAUUGUCUAGCCAGUUGUGAAUAUUUCUGCACAUCUGCAGAUUAGUUCUUACCAUUGGAAAUGGGCAGAUAAGUGGAUAUUUCCAGUUUAACAGAAGCGAUAUUAAAACAUUGUAUUAUGACGUACAUAUGUUUUUAACCCUGUUUGUAAAAUGAACAGUGAAGUAUAUUGUAACCAGAAAGCAGAAGAAGUUGUAUAUUCUUAUA